AUGGCUGAUGAUGAGCAUCUGGUCCUCGACUCAAGUCAUUCUGACGCAGAUUCCGUCCAUCUCAACUGGAUGCGCAUGGCGAUGACCAUGGCAGAGGAGGCACUUGCAGCGGGAGAGGUCCCUGUAGGGUGCAUCUUCGUGCGCAACGGCGGGGCCAUCGCAAAAGCGCGAAAUAGGACUAAUGAACUUCGCAAUGCGUCGAGACACGCCGAGCUUGAGGCUAUCGAUCUUAUUCUCGCCAACAAUGACGGCGGCGACCGGUAUCCCCUCUCUGACACCACUCUCUAUGUGACAGUAGAACCCUGCAUCAUGUGUGCUUCGGCUCUCCGACAACUUGGGAUCAAGCAAGUAUUCUACGGCUGCGAAAACGACAAAUUCGGGGGAUGUGGAAGUGUCUUGGGAGUAAAUGCGCCUUCGGAGCACCCUAUACACCCGGCCUACGAUGCCAUCGGUGGUUAUCUUCGCGAAGAGGCUAUCAUGGUAUUGCGGCGAUUUUAUGUUACCCAAAAUGCGAACGCACCUGUUCCAAGACAGAAAGGCACCCGCGUCCUGAAAACGGAGAUCCUCCCUCUCUCUCGCACCAACAGUUCGUGA